UUGCCUCUCCUGACCCUGUUGUACUCUUUUUCCCAUGAUAGAUGUCACUCAACAAUUCAAAUAAUCUGGUUGGACAACAAAAUGAAGAAACAGAAAAUUGAUAAAGAAGAAUGUUCAAGUGAAGAAAGAGAACUCGAAUCUGCUGAGCUCAAGAAAAAGAAGAAAAAAAGAAAGAGUGACAAUGAUGAAAUCAAAAGUGAUUCUCAGUUGAUUCCAAAGAAGAAAAGAUGGUCAGAAGAGGCUUUUGUUGGAAGUACUCAUGAAACAGUGGAAUCACAAUUGAGUGAAAAGAAGAAAUCCAGAAGUAAGGACUUUGAAGUGUCAGUGGAUGCUACCUUUGAGCCAGCAAGCACUGUUAAAAAGAAAAAGAGGAAAACAAAGGAAGAGACAUGUCCUGAUGAAUCAGAUUUAGUGGUGGCUGAUGAUUUUGGAAUUGAUAGCGUCUCAAAAAAGAAAAAAGAAAAGAAAUCAAAAAAGAAGGAGAAAGGUGUCGAUUGUGUGGACAAAGAAAAGAACAGUUGUGUUAAUGAUAGUGAUAGGACUACCUCCAGUGCAAAGAAAAAGAAAAAGCCAAAGAACUCUAAAGGGAGUCAUUCUGCUGAUGAUGAUGAGGGUGGGAGUCGAAUCGACCGUGCAGUAGAUUACCUUCGGAAAUGGCAGAAUGACCGCAAAGGUUGGAAGUUUGAGAAAGUUAAACAGAUGAUACUCCUGAAUUCCAUGUAUGAUGUAGAUAAGUUACCUGAGGCCGACUUUGAAAUUCUCCUGUCAUAUCUUGAUGGCCUUGUUGGAAAAGGACGAGUAAAGACAUUAGAGGAGGCUGAGAAGAGGCUGAAUGUUAUGGAUGAAGCUGAGAAAGAAGACCAAAAUGAAGAAGAAUAUGAAAGAAUACGCAAGGUGAUACAGGUCUUGUCUUGAUAGUUUAAAAAACUGUCAUCAAUGCAAUGGACUGGUGAAUGUAACCUAAACCAAUCGGGAUAUGGUUCUUUUAAACGAUAUGACCCCUUUCAUCACUGCCAGAGGUCAGGACUAAAUAAUCUGCGCAACUACUUGUG